CUCCAUUAUCUUUAGCCACCACCAAUUCAAAAAUAAUAUUUUAUCAUACUCCUUUUUGUUCUUGCAGAGAGUUCAUUGAGUCCUCAAGAUAAACUUUGUAAGUCGCCCUCUUUUCCCACCAUCGUCUUGUAGUCGGGAUUAAAAUGGCCAGGCAGCCCGAGAAGCCCAGAUUGAUUUGCGCGCCAUUAAUGGCUCAAUCGGUGGAGCAAACGCUGAACGAGAUGCAGCAGGCCAAGAUGGAAGGUGCUGACGUGGUGGAGAUCAGGCUGGGCUGUAACCCUAGUUUCGAACCUUUGAGAGAUCUCAAAAUCCUGCUGGAAAACAAGCCAAUUCCUGUUUCUGUCGUCUGCCGGUCGUCAUGGGAAGGCGCUCAACACAAAGUUGAUGAAAAGGAGCAGCUGCAAGCUCUUAUGUUGGCUAAAGAUUUAGGGGCUGAUUACAUAGAGUUGGAACUCGAGGUAGCAUCGGCUCUCUUUAAAGAAGAUAAGAUGAGCCAGUUUAAGAGCAGUAAAAUAAUAGUAUCUUGCUACCUGGACAGCUUGACUGCUUCAAAGGAAGAUAUCAGCCAACUUGUCGCAAAAAUGCAAUCCACUGAAGCAGAUAUCAUUAAACUUGUUUCGAAUGCAGCUGAUAUUACAGAAAUAGUUGAUGUCUUUGAGCUGCUUUUAAUUAGACAGACAUCCUUAAUAGCUUACUGUACAGGGGAAAGAGGUCUUAUAAGUCAGUUGCUAAGUUUUAAAUUUGGCGGGGUGUUUGUAUAUGGACAUAUCGAAGGACAUGAAAUUCCAGGUCUCCCUAGUAUAGAUAGCCUUACUCAAGCCUAUGGAGUGAAGAACAUAGAUAAGAAUACUCAAGUGUUUGGACUUAUCUCAAAACCUGUAAGUCAUAGCAAGGGCCCUCUAUUGCAUAAUCCUACAUUUAGACAUGUGGGUUACAACGGAAUAUAUGUUCCAAUGUUUGUGGAUGAUUUGAAGGCGUUCUUCAAUGUCUAUUCAAAUCCUGAUUUUGCUGGUUUCAGUGUUGGAUUCCCUUACAAGGAAGCAAUAGUUGAUUUCUGUGAUGAAGUGCAUCCACUUGCUCAGUUCAUUGGUGCAGUAAACACAAUAAUAAGGAGGCCUAGUGAUGGAAAGCUGAUAGGCUACAACACAGACUGCGAGGCUGCCAUAUCAGCAAUUGAAGAUGCUUUAAAGGAAUGUACAAACCUGGAAAGAAUACACUCUUCACCAAUCAAAGGAAAGUUGUUUGUUGUUGUGGGUGCUGGAGGUGCCGGAAGAGCCCUGGCCUUUGGUGCUAAAACUAGGGGUGCUCGGAUUCUUGUUUUCGACAUUGAUUUCGAUAGGGCGAAAUCUCUAGCUGCUGCAGUAUCAGGCGAGGCUCUUCCUUUUGAAAAUCUGCUAAAUUUCAAACCGGAGAAAGGUACAAUCCUUGCAAAUGCAACCCCUUUAGGCAUGCAUCCGAACGUGGACCGAAUUCCUGUUCCGAAGGAAUCUUUGAUGGAUUACAAGCUCGUGUUCGAUGCAGUUUACACCCCUAAGAAAACUAGGCUUCUGAAAGAAGCUGAGAUUGCUGGUGCUAUUGUCGUCAGUGGAGUUGAAAUGUUCCUUCGCCAGGCGGCUGCCCAAUUUAGUCUUUUCACCGGCCAAACAGCACCGGAAGAGUUCAUGAGAGGGAUUAUCUUGGAGAAGUUCGUUUGAAAAUUCUCUCAGCAGAGCACAUUUUGAUAAACAGUGUUCAAUUUCUGUCUUAUUUGCAAUGCAAUUAUUGUUGUAUGCAUCCUAUUUAAAAUUUUGGAAGAUUAUAGAGAAAAUCAUAAACGGGAAAAGAAACUGGGUUACCAUGCAAUGCAUACUGCAUUACUACUUCCCGAGGUUGAGAAUUGGGACUUGUAUUCUUAUGUUAUAUUCAAUUUCAAGCCUGUGUAGAGAACUAAUCAGCAUGGGGCGCUGUAUUAUCCCCAUCCCCACUUAUCGUAAGGGUAAAAUAAUUUUUGCAACUAUUACUCUACGUAAUUUUGAAUUUUAGUAUAAAUAUUUUUGACUUUGUAAUGUAUAGUAUUUUUCUUGUUAAAAUACGAACAAAAUUUCUUUGUGUGGUCAUUAACACAGAUGAUU